UCCCUGAGUCAGACUGAGGGAGGGGGAGAUUUCAAGCCAUUCAAUUACCCUCCAGCAGCCAUCUUCACUUCCUUUUCCCAUCACUCCCCUUCGUAUAUGUAAAAAUCUCCCUGACCCACAUCACUGCCACCGGUUCCGUGCAGUGAGUGAGUGAGUGAGGGCAGGCUCGGGGUUAGAGAGUGAGUGAGUGAGGGCAGGCUCGGGGUUAGAGAGUGAGUGCUGCAUUCCUGCUCUGCCAAUGCUGGCAGGGAGAGACCGGGACCAACUCUAUCCCACUCACUGAUAUCCAUCACCAGGCAGACCUGCAUCCCCCCUCUGCUGCCCAGCCAAAGAGGGGGCACUGAGCUCCAGGACUGGAUUAACAGUAAUCUAUGGGACAUAACUGCUGAAAACAAGGAUUAGUAGCUGUGGUGGUAACUUUCUUCCACAAAUCUUGGAGAUCAGCAUUCAAGGAGCACGGAUCCCUUUGGUUAAGAUAAAUCUUUGAAGGACGUUUGCACUUACUUGGAAUAGGCGUUUCUCAGAGACUGAUCACAGAACUCUACUACGGCUUAGGUGUUUGCACUUACCCUGCAUAUUGGUGACAUUUGAACUAUUAGCAAUGAGUGAAUUUUGGUUGUGUUUCAACUGCUGUAUCGCAGAACAGCCGCAGCCUAAAAGGCGACGGCGAAUAGACAGAAGCAUGAUUGGAGAACCAACGAACUUUGUACACACGGGACAUGUAGGAUCGGGAGAUCUUUUUAGUGGAAUGAAUUCAGUGAACUCUAUUCAAAACCAAAUGCAGUCCAAGGGCGGCUACAGUGGGAAUAUGUCUGCGAACGUUCAGAUGCAGCUUGUGGACACAAAGGCAGGAUAGCCUUAGGACUACAGGUCUACUGGAUGGUUUGUACUUUUGCCUUUCCCUUGUCCUUCACGUCCUCAUUUUUGCGUUGGUGACUGCUUUCUGUGUUAUCCAUCAUGUUCAAGAUGGUCCAUUGUUUACCCCAUGUGAAGAAAGCUGGAAAAUUAUCUGGGCCUGUUCUGAGGAUACGACAAGGCAGUACCAUGCCUUUUGGCUUCAACCCAUGGCAUUGGUCCAUGCCAAAUCCUUUAUCACCCCCCUCGAACUAAUUAGUUAUUGGAAUGAUCUUAAGGCCUACCCAUUUAUCUGUGCUUCAAGUGUUUUAUUUAGCUUUUUUUUUUUAUUUCCUAAUUAAUGCUCAAGUCAUUGCUCAUAUGUUUUUGGUUAGGUCUGGGACCUGCAAGCACAAUGCUAAUUUAAAUUUGGACUGUCAGUGAAGUAGAUGACUUGCAUGCUAUGUAUUGUUGCUUUGUACAGCGGCCAAACUGGGUCAGGAAUCUCAAACCUGUUUGUUGCUGAAGAAGACUGAUGUUGCUGCAUCUGCCAAAACAUUCUCCUGUGACAUCAGGAUGCAACAGUCUUUCAAUAGGAAUAGCAGGGAAAAGACUGUUAGCAUAGCUAUUUUAGAGUUAUGAUAAUUUAGUUCUACCCAAAACUGGUCUUGAUGAUAAUAAUAAAAGAUAAUAAUGACAUCUUCCAUUCAUAAGGAAUUCUGUUGUAAAUGUUCAAUAUAUUUAUUUGAAAGAUCUGACCUCGAGAUUGUAAACCAGUGUAGUAACCUUUAGUGUUGUGUCGGUGCUUUUGUCUAACAAAAAUAGAACCAUCAUGGCUGCUCUUAUGAUCUAUUAAUUUCCCUUGAUUUUUAGCUGUCUAUAAGCAUGUCAAACUGCCUGCAAUGUUCUCUACACAUUAGUAGUCUGAGUUCUGUCCUAUUAUUGUGGGCCAUUUGAUUGUGGAAUACUACUCUCUGGGGUCUGAAAAGUGCCAGGAAGAGACAAAAUCUACAAACUGGCUAAAUAUACAGGGUGACUUUUUUCUUUUUCUUUUUAAUUAUUUUAUAAAGGUUAUAAAAAGUCUUUUUGCUCAGGUUCCAAAGCAUGUAUUUCACAUUUUGUGAAACUUGUUAUUUUAAUAUUGCACUGUCCUUCAGGUGUAUAUAUUAUUGAUACUGUUUUCAUAACAUGCUACGAACACGGACAAAGACGUCUGAUUUACUCAGAAUGCCUUCUAUUCUAUUUUCAAGACAGUGUGGAAUACAUAGGAUAUAGUUUUAAGUCUGAAUGAAUGCCUGUCUAGGACAAUGAAGUCAAAUGUACUGUGUAAUAGUUAACAGACUCAUUUAUAACAACAACAACCCUGUCCAUAAGAUCAUCUGAUGGCUAGGUCGGAAAAACAAAAUGUGCCGUCUCUGGAUUUUGUUUUUAAACAAAUAGGAAAUUAAAGUUCUCUAUUGACCUGCAUUAUCUAUUUGGUUGAAAAAUUAUUUUGCUUGAACCCUUUAAAUUUCUAUAGAGGUUAUAAAAUUCAUUGUAACGCGCUAAGGGCUUUAUUCACUGAACGGCUGUUUUCAGGAAUCUCCCCUUUCCCAAAGUUCCAUUCUUUUGGAGGUUAGUUGUUAACUCACUGUUCUGUUGUGUGAAUAAAACCCCAAAUUCCUCCUCUCUUGGCUUUCAACAGCUAAAAGGCCUACAGCAUUACGGGUUCUGCAGUCUAGCAGUAAAAUGGUUAACCAAUACCUGAUCUUUACAGCAGCCCAACAGUUAUCAAAUAUUGUAUGAUGACAUAAUACACUGUUGUAUGUAUAAAAAAAAUUAUCAAAGCGUGCCGGGAUUAUUUUCAAUGCUUUUAUCAUCCUAGUACCAAUCUGUCUGGAAAGCAAGUUUAUCAAAAUAUUUUCCGAUUCUUUGAUCAAGAGGGAAAAAAUAAAUAAUUUACAUAUUUUUAUAACAAAGCAUACUUUUUGUACAUUGUGUUCAUUCUUGAAUAAAGUCAGUUCAGUGUUGGCUUAUAGAUAUUACAGAGAAGUAUUGACAUUAAUUCAAUAAAUGUUUUCUUUCACUUC